AACGACCCCCUCCACACAGAACCACGUGGCGGUGGGGAAUCUGUGGGGUGGGGCGGCAAUCUGUGGGCUGUUUUGAAGUAAAACUAGAUCUACGUACCGGACCCUAAAAAACUACAAAAAAAUGGACAGGAAUCUGAAUUUAAACCGAGCCGAGACAUUCUCCUUCAUCAACCCCUGGAUCAGAUAUUUCCUCUUCUUCUUCAGCUUCUUGUUCUGGGUUUUCUCAUUGUUGAUUGUUGCAAUCGGGGUCUACGCUAAAGUCCAGAAAGCUACAGACACGGUGCGGGACACGUUCCUGAUCGACCCAGCUGUCAUCCUAAUUGUGGUGGGGGUGGUCAUGUUCUUCAUUACUUUCUGUGGCUGCAUCGGAGCCCUGCGAGAGAACAUUCGCCUCCUCAAGACAUUCUCCUUCAGCCUGACUCUGGUCUUCCUCACCCAGUUGGCCAUAGCCAUUAUGGGCUUCUUCUACUCCGAUCAGACUCGGGAUGCUUUGGGAAAGUUUGUGACGAAAGCCAUCGUGCACUACAGGGAUGACCUGGAUCUGCAGAACCUGAUGGAUUACAUCCAGAAAGAGUUCAAGUGUUGUGGGUGGAACAACUACACAGACUGGUCUUGGAACCUGUAUUUCAAUUGCACACAUACGAACCCCAGCACCGAGCGCUGCUCUGUACCUUACUCCUGCUGCACUCCUGUUCCCGGAGAGGCAGUGAUUAACACCAUGUGUGGUUUUGGGGUUCAAACCCAAACCUUCCUGGAGGCAGACAAGUCAAUCUACCCGGUGGGCUGUGCGGACAGGGCGGUGAUGUGGAUCGAGUCUCAUCUGAUGCUGGUGGGAGCGCUCGCUCUGGGAAUGGCCUUGCCGCAGAUUGCAGGGAUCGUGCUGUCCCAGAUCCUGAUCUCUCAGAUCCAAGAUGAGAUCACCUCAGUGUUGUGAGAGCGGCCCGACGCCGGGGAGGACGAGGAAGACGAGGGAGGACGAGGGAAGACGGGGGAGGACGAGGGAAGACGAGGGAAGACAAGAACUCACGCAAAGACUGACUUUUUUUUUUUUUUACUGCUACGGUACCUCUGCAAUGUUUUUGAGUACAUUUCUUAUUCUUUAGCGUGUGAUGCACUUUAUUCUGUUACACUCUCACAUGCAAAGUGUAUAUUUAUAGAUUUUUUUUUAUAUUGCUGUUGACAUGAAAAGCAUUUAAAUUGAAUGUGUCAUUAAUACAAUUUAGAGGAACAUAGUCACAGACAUCUGCACAGAUUAGAGAAGCCUGUUUUGGUAAAAGAAUACAAAAAAGAUGUCGCACAUGAUUAUGUUUUACACUCAUAAUCUCGUCAUUAACAAAGCUUAAUAGGUAGGUAAUCUAAAACAUGCUCUGCAUUGAAAACUGUGAAGAAUUCAGCAAUCUUGACAACAGCUGGUACCAUAGUCCCCUAAAACCAAACAUGGGCACAUGAGAUUCUACGUCUGCUGAUGUUACUUUGAUGUUAGACGUGAAGAGCCAGGGCCCGCUGCAUCAGGCGACCCGUCAGGGGGGAGUUGGGCCUCACGGCAUCCCGCUCAACUAGAAGACAUCUGGAGGGAUUCAGCAGAACACAAGGCGGUACAUGGAGAUGAACACAGAUUCAGAGAAAGUACAAGCUGAGAGGCUAAACUGAUCAAUAAUGAAAGCGCAACAUGGGGUACAGACGGGCGAUGUCGGUUACUUAAUGGGAGCGUAUACAGAUAGUGUUCUACAUGGAGGCGACAGCGGCAGAGGACAACAGGAGUGGGCAGCAGCCGCAGCUAUACGGCAUCAGCAUGAAAUCCAGUGAAAGGACUUUCUAUUCUCUCACAUAUGGAAAAGCAAAUGGGAAAACACUGAACUAAACCUAUGUUUGGACUGAAGUCCCAGUUGUGCAUUACCUUCCCAGUUUCUGGUGGUGCUUAUCCUCUGACUUCAUUGCUGCAUGAAUGAGCAGUUGAUUGAAGAUAUCCCUCUGAAAACAACAGUGGACAAAGCCAUUAGUAAAGACUUUUCCCCAGCACUGCACCGUGUAUAGUCUUUCUAUCCUUUUGUGUUGUUCUGUAUAGUGUUGCACUGUAAACUGUUGCACCUUGGGGGACGGUCUCAUGAACACAAAGGACAUAAAAUCCAUCAGCAUCCAUCACACAGAUUCAUUAUUCAUACACUGGUGCACUGUGCAACACAUUCUCUCCCUAUGUAACAUGUUCAGAGGCUGGAAGGCUUUAGCUCUUACGGAGAGUGUUCUUCACCUCUGGCCUAUUUUCACUUCAACAGGGAUUUGGGUUUUACUCCAGAAAACAAACACAAAAACAAUGGGAUUGAUAAUAUUCAGACUAAAUAAAGCCUCGAGGCUGAGAGCUUGCAAGUGGUGCAUCAGAGAGCUGGA